AAAAGAAACGUAACCAAUGCGGCUGGCUUGUUAAGAGCUUGGAAGUUCUCUUCAGUUAGGUCCCAGGCAGUCAACACUGUGCAUCGCUUUUGGCGAAACCUCCUCGAACAAAAUGUUUGACGACAUAUCUCCCAGUAAUUCGGGAAGAGCUAGUGGCUUUGGCGAGAGCUUCAAAAUAUUGUUUAGAUGGAAAAACAGCGUUUAUCGUCUACUUUGGGAGCCAUUUUUGAUCUACGUGGUUUCCUACAUCACUCUGUCACUUAUCUACGAUUAUGUGCUGAGCGAUAGUGCAAGAAUUGAUUUUGAAGCUAUAGCAGCCUACUGUUCAAAAUACACUUCUUCACUUCCCAUCGUGUUGUUGCUGGGAUUCUUCACGUCGACUUCUAUGCAGAGAUGGUUUUCUGUUUUUAAUACCUUGCCAGGAACGGCAAAAGUUAUUGCCAUAUUCGUUCUUGCGCUUAAGGAGAACGCUGCAGAGGGAGCUCAGAUAAUUCAACAGUAUUCUAGAUGGAUUUUACUGAGUUGGACAUUUACUUUCCGUUUGAUUUGUCAGCCCCUGAAAAAACUUUAUCCCGAUUUGCAAUCAUUGCAGAAUGCUGGUCUUUUACUUGAGCACGAACGGCUGCAGUUGGAGCAAGUGCAGUCGCAUCACGCUAGCGAGAGCGACCAUUACCUUUCGCUAGCCGUGCUGGACUGGAACCUCUCGAUUCUGAAGCGAUGCAACCGGCAGGGACUUUUCAUGAUUCCGGCCGACUGUAAUCGUCAAGUGGACGCGUUGAUGGCCUUCAAAAAAAGUUGUUGCAACACUCUCAAAUUCUCUUCGAAGAAUAUCCCCGUGGCCCUCAUUCAGGUGGUGACAAUUACCGUCUACUCGAUCGGUCUUGCGUCGCUGAUGGCCAGAAAUUUAGCCGACAAGAAUCACGCCACCUCUUUUAUCACGGGCUACUUUCCAAUGCUCAACACCUUUCAGUAUUUUCUUUACCUUUCCUGGCUAAGAUUUGGAGCGAUGGCCUCCAAUCCUUUUGGAGAGGACGACGACGAUAUUGACAUAACGAAACUACUCCAGUCUCACAUAGAGGAUGCCGAGAGAUUGCAAGCGCUGUACAUUUCUAGUCCGGCAGAUGAGCUUGUGACGAAAUCGAUUGAAAAUCCAUCAAAGAAAUGGCCGCGAAAUUUCUGUGUGUAUACUGACGAAGGUGCAGAGCAGGUUGACGGAGCCGACGACGGAAUUGGUUUGACGGAAGUAUAAUGUCUGAUAGCAACGCCUUCUAGCCCCAGAUAAAAAGUCUCAGCUAUCCCCGCCCCUGUCUUGCAGCUUUGUUUAUCUACUAGCCUCGCAUUAAUUUCAUUGGCUACAAACAACAUCCUGGA